AUGCCCAAAUCCAGCUCGAAAACUUCGUCCAAGACCUCUCUCACGACCACGACUCCUUCUCAACCUGCGGUUGCGAUGCAGCACUUGACUAAGUCAGCUUCCAAGACACGAACGCCGACUCCGCAGCCCUCUAUCCCAGCACCGGGUCUGUCAGCGGUUGCCACAGGAUCAACUCCGCCAGAAUCGGCCCCUCUGACUCCGAUGCCAGCUUCAUCGUCUCAGAAGUCCACGCAAGUCUCACAGUCACAGCCACUUACUGCAGCUGUUGUUUCUACGCUUGCAUCACUCUCCCCGAUCGUCGCUCCGGCUUCGUCUGCCUUGCCCAUGCCUCCACUACCAGCGUUGCUGACUACAGUGGCUCCGGCAUCUGUCCAGAGUUCGUCGCAUACGGCCAAGACUACGUCUCAGCCUCCGCUUAGCCGUUCGAGUAGCUUGUCAUCCUUGGCUUCUACCGUGGAUUUAUCGCCGUCUUCACCUGAGAUUUCGUCUGCGGCAUCUCCAGGUCCCACUUCGGCUCCAGAUUCAUCACAGAACAUAAACAACCUGGCGUCUACGUUGCAGUGGUCUCCGUUGGCGCCGAGUUCCCGCUCCACACGUACGACAGCGGCGAUAUCACGAUGGGUGACUUCUCAAGUCAUCGCUCAGGAAUCUGACAAGAGCUCCGUCUUCAUCGGGGCUCCUGGCCAAACACCCCCAGCGAGUCCUCGCGGAGCCUCCGAAGAUGAACACGAAGAGUCGAAAGAGAACGACUCGCCAUCAGCUUUACAACUGCAAGCUCUUGAAGACAUGUCAAGUACCGGUGUCUCGUCACGCACCAGGUCUGCUUAUCGUCCGAUACCCAUGUCAGCUCUGGAUCCUUCGCUUUCAACACCGCCUCCGGCUUCUGUACGACCAGCCGUUAACCCGUUGAAGGUAAGGACUGCACGGCGUGGCGUGAAGCCGCAUGUCGUGCUCAUGGAAGCACUGGCUGCCGCUCAUGCUCAGCACCCGUCGGCCGCGAUGCCAGUGGUGAAGCUCCCUGCUCCCAUCGAAGGUUGGCAGCCUCUUGUGCAGCCGUCUAAGAAGAUUCUGGCCAAGGUGCAGCGUUACCUCAAGCCCAACUUCCAGAAGAAGGGUGCGCUGAGAUGCUGGAAACUUGUAAACUCCUUCCGCACGCCACUGCCAGUUCUAAAAGUACUAGUAGCUGCAUGUUCGGUCGAGUGGAUACGAGCUUUCGCUGACUGGAGGAAGACUGAACACCCAUGGCUCACCCUCGACAAGAAGUUUCCGGACACUGCCAACUUGUUUGACGUGGGUCCGUUCAUGCCAGACGUCUUUAUCUCCCUUCAUGCCCCUAAGAGAGCACGUACCGUGAAAUUAUGGCGUCAAACACAUGGUUUUGACGCUGGCGGCAAGGAAAGCGACGUCGGGCUUGCUCUGUGGGAGCGAGGUCACUGGGUUGUUCAAUCGGAGAUUGAGGCCGCUGUCAAGCGUCUUGCAGAAACCCACGGUGACAGUUCAAGCAUCGUCAGAAACGUGACUCGAGUUAUGAAAGCCUACUUUCUGAUCGCAACCGUCGUGCCGACAAUCUUCGUAACAAGAUAA